AUGGAUCCCCAAGAGGCCAACCCAGAGCUUGAAUCAUUCCGUGAGAAGUGGCGCGCCGAGGUCAGGGCUAGGAACACCGCAUCCUCCGGGUCGCAACAGCAAGCACCUCCAAGUACCAGCCAUGCCACCAGCUCGCAGCCCGCCGCCUCGCUCCCGCCCCGGCCCGCCCACUUCAGGGCCGGCAAGCCAAAGGUCCUCGAAACCGACGAUGACUACGUACAGGAAAGAGUGUUUGGAGACAUAGAGCCACAGCCGGCGGCGCGGCAAGCUGAGCGAGAUGCUGCGGACCCGGUGACCGCGCUUGACCACUACGAGCAUGCCGUUGAAAAGGAAGGCCAGGGGUCUCUAGGUGACAGCCUGCGGCUGUAUCGAAAGGCUUUUAGGAUGGACCACAAGGUCGACCAGAAAUACAAGAACAAGCACCAUGCAGCUGCUUGGUCCUCUAAGGAUGGCCAGUCAUCUGCGGAGGGUAAGGCCUUGACAGCGGAAGAGCUUGUCGCAAGUUUCGCCGGGCUUUCGAUCGAGCCCGCCCAGCCAUAUAUCAAAGGCAUGCCGCAGCCGCCCUGUCCCAUCGCCGAAUUGCCGGAAGAGAUCCUCGUACACAUACUACAAGAACUCGUGGAGGCAGAUGUUGGUGAUUUCGUCCGACUGUCACGGGUCUGCAAGCGCUUCGCCUGGCUGAUCGCUACCGAGGACAGUAUAUGGAGGCGGACAUGUCUCGGCCCAAAGUUCGGCUUCGCGGGGAUGCACUAUGAAUUCCGGACAAGUGUGGAUUGGAAAGCCCUUCCCGAGGAGCGCACGCUUCUGGACGACCCAGAGGAGGCAGCACGUCGUCGCGAGGAAGAAGCUCACGCGACCACCGCUGCACUUCUCGACACAACUUAUCGCACGUGGCAGCGCAUGUUCCGACGACGGCCGCGGAUACGCUUCAACGGCUGCUACAUAUCAACCAUAAACUACAUUCGGGCCGGACAGCAGACCAACUCCCUGACAUGGAACUCACCCAUACACGUCGUCACGUAUUACCGGUACCUGCGGCUCUUUCGGGACGGCACGGCAAUCACCCUGUGCACGGUCGAGGAGCCGUCGAAUGUGGUGCACCACAUGACCAAGGAGGCCCUCUCGCUGCACAAGGGGGGCGCGAUGGCCCACCUGCCGAGCAGCAUGAUGCAGCACGCGCUGAGGGCGCGGUGGAGGUUGAGCUCGGCGGCAGACUUUGUCGACGAGGACAAGGAGGUGAGCCUGGCAGACACGGAGGGCAAUCUGUUCAUCGAGUCCGACGGCGGGGGCAACUAUCUGUACAGGAUGGAACUGGCGCUCCGCACGGCGGGCAAAUCUGCGAGCAAUAACAAGCUUGCGUGGCGUGGGUUCUACAGCUACAACAAGAGCGCGGAGGUGUGGGAUGAGUUCACACUCAAGGAUAUAAAGCCCUUCUUCUUCAGCAGGGUGAAGAGCUACGGGUUUGCAGAGCUUGAAAGCAGCCAAUGA